GAGAGCGCUUGAUGCGCAUGCGCACGGCCACGAAGACGAUAGGCCGAGCCUGUAACCAUUGGCAACAAGUGUAGGAAGACGCACAGCUUCAAGAGUGCAAGUUUUUACCGCUGGUUUAAUUACUAUUAUUAUUAUUAUUAUUGGACACGUAAAAGAAGAACAACAACGUUGUCUUUAGCUGUGGUAAUAAAAAAGGUUAGUGACUGAAAAUGGAUGCAACCGUCAAACCUUUAAGGAUUCCCCCUGAAAUGUCUGUUUAUGCAGAGAAGCAUGAAAUAUUCGACCUUAUUCAGACCCUAGUGAGAAACCUGGUGAUAGACAAGCCAGAAGAUCCCAUUCAGUACCUGAUCAGGCUGCUGAAGAGGGAAAGUGUAGAAGUGCCAAGAGUUGUGAUACUGGGCCCACCAGCCUCUGGGAAAACAACAGUAGCUAAAAAGUUGUGUGAGCGCAUCGGUGCUGUUCAUAUAACCUCUAGCAGCAUCCUUAAGGAUGACACUGAGCUGACCAGAGCCAUAAGGCAGUACACAGAGGAGGGUCAGGAGAUCCCACAAGACCUCUGGAUCAAGUUGAUUGAGGAACGGCUGUCAAAAGCUGACUGUGUGAGACGGGGUUGGAUGCUAGAGGCCAUCCCCAAAAGCAGAGAAGAGGCACUAUGUCUGCAGGCAUCUGGCAUCACCCCCGAGCAUGUUGUGAUGCUGCAGGGACGUGAUGACGUCCUGACUGAAAGGAGUCUGGGCAAGAGGAUAGACCCUGUCACAGGAGAUGUGUACCACCUUACCUUCAUGUGGCCUGAGAAUGCUGAGGUGGCUCAGCGUCUCGAGAGGCCGGAUUGCAUCAUGGCGGAGGAGGAAAUAGCCUGUCAGCUGCAGGCGUACUACCGGGAGGUCCAAGGUUUACAGAGCACUUACCGUAACUGCCUGAAGAUCAUCGAUGCUGACCAGCCCCAUGUAGAUGUGUUUGCUCAAGCAUUGAGCUACGUUCUGUCCAGGCAUCACUCUGACGCACCUCACACACCCAGAAUCCUCUUGUUUGGACCACCGGGAUGUGGGAAGAGUCUCCAGGCCAGCUUGCUUGCCCAAAAAUACAGCCUAGUCGACAUUUGUUGUGGUGAACUUUUGAAAGCAGUGGCAGCGGAUGAGAGCAGUAUGGGAGAGCUCAUUAAACCCUUUCUGGAGUCAGGACGGCGAGUGCCUGACAACAUGGUGCUGAAGAUCCUGACCGAGAGACUGAGCCGUCUGGACUGUACCACACACGGCUGGGUCCUUCACGGCUUCCCUCGAGAUGUAGAACAGGCCAAGAGACUGCAGGAAUCCAACUUCCUCCCUAGCAGGGUCUUUUUUUUGGAGAUGAGUGACAGUGUUGCUCUGGAGCGACUGACACUCAGGUCCACCGAUCCUGUGACGGGAGAGAGGUAUCACUCAUUGCACAAUCCUGCCCCAGGUGUAAAAGUACAAGCUCGGCUACAAUGUAACCCAAAGGACACGGAGUUUGAAGUCUGCAAGAGACUGAAGGAGUACCGGAGCCAUGUGGCCGCCCUACUGGCCUUCUACCCCCAGGCUGUGCAGGUCAGCGCUGAUCAGCAACCCCACACUGUGUUCGAGUGCCUGGAGAGCGGGAUGGUGGGCCGUCCUUCCAAAGUCCUGCCUGAAUUAAACAUCCAAGCCCUCUCUGGCUCCUCUGAGGUCAGAGGACUGGCUCCCAACGGAGAGGAAAGGAGUUAAGUGCACUGGUUAGCGGGACGUGUUAACAGCCAAGCUUUCAAACUCCCCUCAGAUACCGUGCCAUGACAGGCAGACAUUGACUUAAUUAAAGCGAAUGAGCUCCAGAAUAUGCAUCAGCUCUGAAUACAUAAACAGGGAGUAAGCAGAAGAAAUGGCAUGUUUUUUAAAUGAUCUCAGCCCGCUCUGUGGCAGGAAGAAUGAGUAUGUUUACUCUCCAAACAAAGAUUUUAGAGAAUAUCUGAAGGAAUACAGCAUUGCAGAUGAUGAAAUCAACUUUACUAAAUGGGAAAUGCUUUUUAGUGCUCUGCACAGAUGCUACAAAUAUUUAGAUACGCCACUUUUCUUUUCUUUUUUUUUUUUUCCGAGUGCAAAUACAUUUUAUUUCUCUAAAUGCAUCAUCUGGGUUGAUCUCAUCUGAUUCUUGACAAUAAAUUUGAUUUAAGAUGUG